AUGCGCUCGUCCUGCAGGUCUCUUACGACGUCUUCUCCACGUCCGGAAAGCCAACUCCCCCCCCGUGCAUCCGCACAGGCGGACGGCACUUACCCAAGACUCCAUACACCAUCUUCGCCGAGGUCUCCUGCUCUGUCUACUGCGUCUACCGCUGACGCCGGGCCUUCUCCGCCUCUACCGGCGCUUCCUAUUCCCCAGCUGCCCGAGCGCAUCUUGGCAUUGCUGAGGACACGAGCGGCGUCUUUUGAGCGUGUCGAGGACGACGGCGAGGACGACGAGUAUAACGACGGGUACAGCUACGGGUACAACGACGACGACGACGACGACGACGACGACGAGGGCCGUUUUGUCACCACCAGCUGGGGCUCGCCGUACCCGCGGUCGGAAACGUCACAACUGCAGCAGUCAAGUCUCGGCAGCGAAACAUCUGAAGACUCGCCCAUCCAUCAUCUUGAGCUGAACACGCCAUUCCUCCGGCCGGCCCCGUUUAUUUCCAUCCAGGCCCAGAACGACGAGCAGGACGGCACGCUGCAAGACCUGCAGCAUACUCCGCUGUCACCCUUGCAUUUGGGAAACGCACCCUCUUUGGUCAGUGCCGCCAUACUCGCCAACCGUGCCCGGAGACCAGCACGCGGCAUCACCGAGGAUUGGAUCCGCCAGCACACCACCGGCGAUAUUGGAUCGGAAGCACGCCUCUGGCUAAGCGAUAGUAGCGAGGGGGACAGCGAGAACUCUUCACUGAGUGGAUCUGUCAUCAGAGACCCGCGUCCGUGGUCUGGCGAGGACGAAUACGCCCUUCGCACCCCAAGAGCCGUGCCGGCCAAACGCUCAGUUUCCGGGUCGUCGCAAGCCACUGCUCUAUUUCAGCACGGCCAGGCCGUCCCCAGCCACAGGCACCAACUGAGAAGUCGUAUUUCGAGCACUGAAACUCUGAAAGGGACGGAUGCAAGAUACCUGCAAAGACCUUCCACAGCGCGCAGAAACAGCGGCAACAGUAGUGAUACCAUGACAAUUCUGGCCAGUCGCGAAGCUGAGAACGUGACUGUCGAUGCGAGUGUCGUUGCGGCCACCACUGAUGCAGAUAGCGACGCUGCCCAGGCUACUCCUGCACAAUCGGAACCUUUGCCAAUAGCAACGCCAGCGGCGGUGCCCACCAUGGAGUCGUCCAACGGUGAUCAGGGCAAUGGAUAUGGGCCCGAGCCCGAGGCUAUCCCAAACAAGCCUCCACCGGCCCCUGCGGCACGCCCAGCGAAGGAAACGAAGGAACGCGCGACCAUACGGCGGGCCAAAAAGAAGGUGCCCUGGAAGGGCAAGUCCAUUGUGGUUCUGCUCCCAAUAGAUGAGGACAGAGGAAGGCCAGGGCACGCACCAGUACCGCUUACACAAGCUGCCGUUGAUCAUAUGCGGCAAUCAUGGAAGGAUCUGGGCUACGACAUCGACGGGUUUGAUCUUCACGACUCGGACUUGGCUGCUGGCGAGGUUGCCAGUUCUGUCGGCCAAACUAUGAGUCGGCCCUCGUGGCCGUCAGAGAGCGAUGUCGCACAGGAACGAUCAUCGCGAAAGUAUCCAAUCCUGCUGCCGGAUCUGAAUGCCUGGAAGAACUAUGUGGCAGAGCUGAAUGAGGCCAAGCUUAGGGCGCUUGGUGUUUCGUUUGGCGACGACGAGCCGCCAAUGCCGCCUCCCUCGUCGUCAAUGUCGGCCGGUAUUGGUGCUUCUAUCAGCCGCCAGUCUUCGGCCAACAUGUACCCGCCUCUGCCCUUCUCGCCGCCUCUGCCGACCUCAUCUGCGGCGAGCAGCCGUGGCGCAUCGGGAUUCAACUUCCCAACAAAUUUCAUCCCCGGGCACAGUCCUUCCAUGUCUUCCGUCGCAUCACCGGUACCCUUCGGCAUGGGAUCCAAAUACAAUUCUCGCCAGUCAAUCUCCAUCCCUGCUGGUGCUUACCAGCACCAGCAGCAGAACACGCCCGGGGGCUUCUCGCCGCAGAUGUUUCUCCAGCACAAUCUUGCGCGGGGCGGCUCCCCGUCUCUGGCUGCACUUAUGUCGCCGGGAUCGCCCUUCUCUGCAGACGGCUUUGCUGGAACGCCUCUGCACCAACGGCAUCAGUCCCUGCAGUUUCCUCUCCUGCAGCACCACCUGCAACCUUCUGCCCGUGCUUCCCCGCGGCUUCAAAACCUGGCAGAAGUGGAUGAGAGGCCAGUCAGUGAGAGUCCGACUAAGAUGUCUGAGCUGCCAUCGGCCAGAGGCACUACGGCCGCAGUCGCAGCCGCAGCCGCUUCGGCGGCAUUCAUCCAGCACAAUGCAAGCUCGAGCCUGCAGAAGGAGAUCGAUGAUGCGGAAUACCAUCUGGAAGAGCAGUUUCGCUCACAGUUCGAGCACGACCGAGCGUACAGUCCACAUGGCGAGCGGCAGUUCACCGAAGACCUCAACGGGGAUGGCGCAGACAACUCGGUUGCACCAGGUCAUGCGCAAGAUUUGUCUGUGCAGUUUGCAUCGCCUCCGCCGAUCCAGCGCUUCCGCGAUGACGCCGAAAACGGCCCCCCGUUGCACCACCCGCGUCCCCACAGCCGUGGGCACUCUCUUGCGAAUGCUUACUACGCGGAUCCAGAGGAUGCGACCUUUGCCCAGAGCACGGCCCUCGUCCCUGUGCAGAAAGCGACACAGGACGUUGCCCAGGCUCAAGCGGACGACUCGUACGAGAUUGAAACAAACCCGAGCAAUCUGGGCAGCCCGACGCAGGCGCAGACGUCCGAGUAUGGUAGCGGACUACAGCAGCCACACCAGCACACGUUCUCGACUACCAGCAACCCGUGGCGGGACUCUGGCUCGUUCUCUGUCAAGCCGGAUGGUGCAAAACGGCCCGGCCACGCAAGCAAAGGCUCGCUGUCUCGUUUCAAUGUAGAGGCUCCCGAGUUCAAGUUUAACCCUGCAAGUGCAAGCACAUUCAAGUCGAGCUUCGGCAGUCAGUUCUCUUUUGGGACGGGUGCGAGUGAGACGUUUCAGCCGUCUGUCUUCCACGCUGGCUCGGUCCCCAAUGUGCCGCUUUCGGCCACCUCGAGCCAGUUCAGCUUCCCGAUGUCCACCACGGCCGUGGCCCCGGUGCCGGCCUCGGUCCCGACGAAGAUCAGCGCCGGCACGUCCACUUUUUCCCCUGGCCAGAGCGAGUUCAGCUUCUCGGCCGCUGGCCCCAAGUUCCGCCCAGAUGCCCCUGCUUUCACACCUCUGCAUUCGUUCUCCAACUCUCUCACGAGCCCGGUGCAGUCGGGCCCCGAGAGUGUUGCUGGUGGCAACGCGACAAGCUCCAUCUUUGGCAACAUCGACCUCAAUAUGCCUGAUGUCGGCGCGUCCACGAAGCGGUCCAAGGCCGUGCCAAUUAUACGGCCGACCAGCCACCAUUCUUCUGGCGCUGGCGAGAAAGAGCCGGAAACGCAGUAUGACCAAGAAGGACGGGUGACGGACGAUACUCGGAUCAAGAGGGCCAGGGCUACUCCCAAGGCCGACGAUGACGACGAGGUGUUGUUUGCUGAGCCAACCAAUGGCGGGCAGACAACGGACGCGCAAGAAGCCAGCGCAACGGCAUCAUCGGAAGUUGACGAGGCUGAAGCGGCCAACGACGACGCGAGCAAUCUGGCAGCGGAAGAGGCGACGCUGUCGUCGACAGCUGCAUCCGAGACGACAGAUACGAAAAUGGCAGCGACAACGAGUCCGUCAGAAGUGUCUUCGGUGCAGGCUAGCAAUCCGUGGGCUGCGUUUGAGUUCAAUACAGAGGCGGAUAUGGCAGCGUUUAACAGCGCCCGGCCGAUUGGAGAGACGCGAUUCCGUCACGAGAAGUCUCUGUCGGCCACUGCCAAGCCGUUCACGCCUCGGGAGAGCUUGGGCUCGGAGCUAGAAGCCCAAAGGAGGCCGGCAGAUGCGACAGAGCAGGCGGACGACGAGUCGCUGGCAUCGUCCCUCCAGCAGCCGCCACCACCGCCACCGGCUACUGAGAAGCCAAAGGGCCUCUCCGCCUCCCGGUAUGCUGUGUCGCCGCCGCCGCCGACACCACCACCAAAGAUGCAUGUCCUGUCGGACUCAAGAUCGAUGGCCUCGUCGCCGCCUCCGGUGCCUCGCAAAGACGACAACUACUUGGAAGGGGAGUUUGCGUCUGUGCGGCGGAGCAUGGCCAUGGUACCGUCGGCGGCAGGUCCUGUGCACGUGUUGGCCACUGGUCAACGUGAGCCUACAUUUGAGGAGAUUGACGAUAUCAUGUGCCACCUCAGCAGCUUGGACCCGGCACAGGGCGUCAACAGGGCGACGGGCGUGCCAUCUUGGCAACAGCUCCCGAUGUCUGGUGCCGAGGCAACGCGGCGAUCGUCUCUGUCCCCGGAGCUGGAAGUGGAACAGGCACCGAGCGUGGUGGCGUCUUUUGACACAGGUGGCCGUGCUGUGAGGCACCUGACGGGUGGUGGAAGCCUGCCUGUGAGCGAGUGGGAGAGAGACUUCACGGACGAGGAGCAUGACAAGCUCGAGUCCCGGGUGAACUUCUUUGAUGGGCGGGUCAACGAUGUGAUGGGCGGGCUGCUGUCGGCGCGGCUCGGCCCGCUGGAGGAGACGCUGGAGCAGAUCCAGCAUGCGGUGACAUCGAUGCUAGGGCGAAAUGGGCUCAGCCAGCGGUCGCGGCGCAGCAUGUCUGGGACGAUCCGGGACAGCGAUGCGGACGACGAGGACGAGGAGAUGCCGUUGCCGGUGUCACGGGGGUCCCUCAGCCCGCGCAAAGACCGGCGGCUGGAGCAGAUGCGCAACAUGUUUCUCGAUGCGCUGUCGUCGCACCAGCAGCACGAGCGGGUCCAGAGCAUGUCUGUGGCGUCGCUUGCAGCACCGGCAGAAGAGGUUCUGGACGCGUCGGUGACGACGAUCCUGAAGUCGCUGAGCGACAUGAAGGAGCAGAUUGGGCAGUCUCUGCGGGUGGACUUCCGCGGCGACGAUCUGCGGCAAAUCGUGGAGGAGGCAGUGGAGCGGCAGCUGCAAACGACGGCGGAAGCGGUGCCGGCAAGGAGGCAAGAGGCGGAAGAGGGCGGCAGUGCGGCGGAGAUGCUGGAGGCACGGGUGAUGGAGCUCGAGCUCCGGCUGCAGGCGGAGAGGGCGAACUUGGAGUCGGAGCUGCUGCUCCGGCGGACAGCCGAGGACAAGACGGCAGAGAUGGGGCGAAAGCUGGAGCUGGCGGAAACGAAGAUCGAGGUGGAGAUCAUGAACCGCAGCGCAUACGACCAGCGAGUUGCCGACCUGGAGGACCGGCUGCGACACCAGGAGGAGAAGACGGAGGCGGAGAUGGACGUGCGGCGCAGCGCGGAGGGGCGGCUCUCGGAGGUACAGGGGCAGCUCCGGAUCUCGACAGAGGAGCGGACACGGCUGCGAGAGGAGCUGGAGGAGCGCGGGCAGCAGCUCAAGGCAGCGGAGGAGACGACAGGAACGACGUUGAUGCGGCUAGCGGUGCUAGAAGCAGCACAGGCACGGGAGGAGACGGCACACAGCGACCUACAGAACCGGGCAAACACGACAGAGGCAGAGCUGCGGGAGAAGAUGCAGGAAGCGCGACACUGGCGGGCAGAGGCAGAACGGGCGAUGGACGUGUCGCAGCGACAAGGCGAGGACCUGCUGGAAACGUCGACAGAGCUACGACACGUCAAGCGAGUGGUGGACACGAUGGGGACGCAGCUGGGAGAGAACGAGCGGCUGCGGGAAGCGUGGCGCAACAAGUUUGUGGCGCUACAGGAGGAGAUGUCGCGGGCAGCACGCGAAGUGGCGGAAGAGAGCGCACGUCACAUCAAGCGGGAGCAGACGCUGUUGGCACGGCAAGAGGUGCUGGAAGCGAAGCUGCAGGCGGAGGCGCGAACGAGGGAACGUCUGGAGAGCGAGCUGGAGCGACUGGAGAGCGGCGAGCGACAAGCGAUGCGUGCGGUGGCGGAGUGCAAGCGACUGGAGGGCCGGCUGAACGAGCUGCAGAUGGCGAACGAGGAUCUGCAGCAGCAGGUACGACGACACCAGGCAGAGUCAGGGGAGGCGCGCGAGUCAGCGGCACGCGAGGUGCAGCGGACACGCGAGUCGCUGCAGGCGGAGGUAGAGACGGCGAAUUACGAGGUCAACGCAGUGCGGCGCGAGCUGGAAGACCAGGUGGCGCAAGCACGGGGACAGGUGGACCAGGUGCGACUGGAUGCAGACACGGCACGGGCACGGCUGGAAAUGCUGCUGGAAGAGGCAGAGGCGACGAAGCGGACGGUGGUGGAGGAGGAGACGAGACGACACGAGAGCGCGGUAGAGGACCUGCAAGCACGAUACGAGCGACAGGUGCAGAACGCGACGGAAGAUGCGCAGCGGACAGAGCAGAAUCUGUUGGAGCGGCUGAGCAUCUCGACAUCCAAGACAGAACUGCUGCAGGACCGGGUGGCGCAUCUGGAAGAGAAGUUGGAGGUGGCGCAAGAGGCAGCGCAAGCAGCAGCCCGGAUAGCAAAGGGAGCGAAGGGGAUGCUGGCAGUGGCCAGAGCAGACACGACAAACGCGACAGACGCAGACGCAGACGCAGACGCAGACGCAGGCGCAGAUGCAGGUGCAAAAGCCGAUUUGCACCAGACACAAACACUGCCGGAGAAGAUCUCGCCACAGGCACUGCGAGAAUCGAUCAUGGUGCUGCAGGAACAGCUGCAACAGCGUGAGCAGCGGAUCGAGACGCUGGAACAGCAGCUGGCUCAGACAGAUCCCGACUCGGCCGCCAAGAUGGCCAAGCGAGACGAAGAAAUCGUGUGGCUGCGCGAGCUGUUGGCAGUGCGUCAUGCCGAUCUGCAGGACAUUGUGACGGCACUGGGACGCGAAGACCACGACCCGGAGCGCGUGCGCGACGCUGCCAUUCGGCUGCAGGCCAAUCUGCAGAUGGAGGAACAGGAGCGCGAGCGGGCUGUCAACGGCGGGUCGGCCAUCUCGCUGCCAACGCUGGCGGCCAGCAUUCGCGACGCUGCGACACCACGUGUGGCUCAGGCUGUGCUGCCGCUAGCAGCUGCCUGGGGAAACUGGCGUCGAGGUGCUGGUGCAGGCGGGAAUGGGAACGGAAACGCCGUCUCGGCCUUCAGUGCCAUCUCGAGCGUCCUGACAUCGUCGCCCAUGUCGUCGGCCUCGUCAUCGCCCACUUCCCGGCCAUCGGCACGCGGAGCAUCUCGGACGACCAGAAGCUUUGCCAGACCGGCAGCCACGCCGUCACGUGUUGCUGUCAACAUCAACGAUGCCAACAACAGCAGCAACAGCAGCAACGGUGCCCACAGCGACUCCUCUACCACCACCAGCACCUUCCUCUCUGGGCUGCUGACCCCGCCGACAUCGGGCGCCCGCCAGGCUCCCACCACCCGGCAACAGCUGCAACAGCUGCAACAGUCACACAAGUCACAUGACCAACCUACUGCCUUUGCCAGCACUGGCCGUCGCUAUCCGGCCGAGCAGCCAGCCAGCCGACGGCCGACAUCCCGGUCCGACAGCAAGCAGCUGGCCGCUGUCCGACACCAGGACGUCUCGCCGUCGCCGCCGUCGCAGUCGCAGUCGCAGUCGCAGUCACCUGUCGGCUUCCGCCAUGCCAGCCGCAGUCGCCCCGUCACGCCGCCCAUGACCCAUGCGGCCGUCUACGACUCUGAUGCCCAGGCAGAGGACUUUGACGAUGCUGCCUUCUUCGAUGAUUAG